GCCGCGCGCCCAGUCGGCCAAUAGGCGGCGAGUAUAUCGGCGCGGCCACGGGCGCUCGCCACUUCGGCUUCGGCGUUCCCGCGAAACGCCAAUUCGCAUCGCAAGCUCGCCAGUUGGACGCGAAAUUGCGUCUUUGCCCGCGUUCGCCGUCAAGUUUCCCGACUCCCGGUUUACGCGCCGCGCUCGCCGCAUCGUCCUCGCGCGGAUCUCCAGCGGUGAAAGCAGCGGUCGAGGAGGAGAAACAACGGCAACGCGGACCGAGAGAAGAGACCCACCGAUGUGCGUGACGCGCGCAGCUGCGUGACACUUCGGCGGGUUUUCGCACCUUCCGUUUACCGCGCGCGACCGUUUGAGCCAGAUGCGUCUCGUCCCGACGUCACCAUCGAGAGCCGCUCGACGUCGCUUCACGUGCUCCAGGGGGCUAAUUUCGUCCGGACUCUCGCGAGAGAGUCUGGUCGGACGCGGUGAGACGCCGACCGCGGAGUCGCACGGUCGGACCGCCUCGGAGGGAUCGGAGCCGACGCGCAAAAGAGGGAGGUCGUCCGGAGUCGAGGUAUCGCGCGAGGACAGCGUUAUUGUGUGAAAUUGUGCGCCGCGGAAAUCUCGAAAAAUCUGCCCUCCCUUUGAGGUUAUGUGGCAUAUAGAGGGCGUUACGGGACAUGCAGGGGUUGGUCGUCGUUUCGCGCGCUGUACUCCCGCGCUUCGAGAUCCACGUCCUCAAUUUUCCUCGGAAUAUCGUUGAUUCGCGGCUCGCGCACGUCGCGGAAUAGCCCGUAAGGGAGACGAAUAAAUUUCCCGAUCGUCGAGAUCGUCGCCGAAUGAAAAUCGUGGGACGGUACAUCGAAUCGAAGACCGCGCGAGGGAACGUGCAUUAUGGCGAUCGGAUCCGCGUAGGCUUCGCGCGCGCCUCCGUUUUUCGUCGUUUUCCCUGGGAAAUCGUCGCAUCCGGAUCGAGGAAAUCCGACGUACAUCUCAUUCGAGAGUCCCCGCUGUCACGUGCACUCGAGAAGAAAUUAUUCCGACGGCGGAUAUUUCUCGUACGGGUCCGAUAAUCGCGCGACAAGAUGCCACAGACCAGUUUGCAGGAAAAGAAGCUGUUGCAAACUUACUUGCAAACAGGCAAGCUACAGUGUUUAAAACGUAAGAGACGUACAACAGAGCUCUCGGAGGAUUCGGAAAAUAUAUAUCCACCUGCUAAGGUACCAGCAUUGUCUCACGUCUCGUACGCAGAGUCUUGUCAUGGUGCACAUUCGGUAGAUACUGCGUGCACCCCUCAACAUCAGACCGCUCCGUUGAAAGAACAGCAGGAGCCAACUACAUGGUCGGAAUUAAGAACCGCGACUUGCUUUUUAACCCCGUCGGCUUCUAAUAGCACGUCUAUUAGACCUAGUCCAUUACCGACUUCUCUUCCAUGGGCCGAUGGCAGUCAAGUAUGGUCUCUUAUGUGCCUCGGGGAUGAGAAAACUUUAAUUCAGAGAGAUCCGGAAAUGUUCCAAAGACACCCGACAUUGCAACCAAGGAUGAGAGCAAUCUUAUUGGAUUGGCUGAUUGAAGUUUGCGAGGUGUACAAACUACAUAGAGAAACUUAUUAUCUCGCUAUGGACUAUAUAGAUAGAUAUCUGUCUAUUCAUCGUGAUUUACCCAAAAAUCAAUUGCAACUCAUCGGGAUAACUUGUCUUUUUAUCGCGUCUAAGGUUGAAGAAAUAUAUCCACCCAAAAUCGCGGAAUUUGCGUACGUUACGGAUGGAGCUUGUACGGAGGAGGAAAUUUUAGGAAAGGAGUUGGUGAUUUUAAAAGGGCUCGGAUGGAAUUUGUCUCCGAUAACUGCCCCAGGAUGGCUCAAUAUUUACAUGCAAAUUGAAUCAGGUGACUCGUCCAGACCAAACACUUUUAUAUAUCCGCAAUAUGGCGGAUUGCAAUAUUCUCAGGCGGCUCAACUAUUAGAUUUGGCGACUUUGGACGAAGGUUGCUUGAAGUUUCCAUACAGUCAUAUAGCCGCAGCAGCAAUUUACCAUACUCAAGGAAGGGAGUGCGCAUUAAGAGUAUCCCGGCUCUCGUGGGAACAGCUUGCUCCCUGCGUCAAGUGGCUCACAGCAUUCGCCACUACUGUCGCGGAAGAGGAUUCCCAGUCUCUUUUAAAGUCUACAAUCACGUCCGUGGAAUCACACUCUGGAUCUGGACUGAAGGCCACAGUACCUAAUAUUGUUGUGGACGAAUCGCAUCGCAUACAGACUCAUGUAGUCGAUUUAAAUAUGUUGGAAAAGGCCCAGCAACGAUUGACUGGAGAAAUUUUGAACGGCUACGCGAACGAUUCGGACACGAAUGUUGAAUCUGGUAGGCAAAGCCCGAACGAGAGUGGUCUUUUAACUCCACCAUCUAGUAAUCAAAAAAAUUCCCCGCUGUCAUCGUGUCCUACACCACAAUUACAUCCUUAUACAUAACCAAGCAAUAACCGCAGGCAUUUUCUAUACUAUAUGGUAAAUUGUUUAUUACAUAUUACAUUCAGUCGUCAAUCAUUCAGAAAUUACAGAUUUAUUAGGAAUUUGUCCAACAGUGUAAUUUCAGGAAAGGCACUGCCACGCAUGCAAUUAUGAAAAAAAUGGUAGCAUUAGGCGUUGCGACACAUUAUUGUAUAUAAUAUGAUACCUUCUAAUUAUAUCUAUCAUUGCGAUCAAACGAUUGGACUUUAGUAUAAUAAGAUUCAGUAAAAUAUCAAACAUUUUUUAAACGUGCACCGAAUGGCACAAUCAGUUUAACGCAUCACUUAUUUUAUUACAGAUAAUUAAAAAAGAAAAAAGUGGCUUCGUCUUGUUUAUAAAUGUCUUUUAAAACAUUUAUAGAUUUAAAAUGGAAGCCAUACACAUGGCUAUUUUCUGUGAUUGUAUCCACUGCACUGAAAUUUCGCAUCUUAUAUUAACAGAUUAGAUUUAACUUAUGUUUAUUACUCUUAUGUAUAUCGUGGAGAAUCUAUUGAAACGAAGUUAUAUUGAAUUAGAAUAAAUGACGAAGGAUGAAUGGGAGAUGAAAGGUGUAAAAAACGUCGAGAAAAAAAAAAGGCUAAUAAUCUCUAAUGAGUAAGCGUUAAAAUUUUGUGGUGAAUUUGCGCUGCCCGGCAUGUAAUAAUAAUAACGCGGCGGUUUAUACAUAUUUGUACGAAGAGUUUGACAAUAAAAUA